GCGACGCAGCGUUGUCGAAUCAUCUUCCAGCUAUUUCAUUCAUAACACGAGCACGAUAAUGUUGAUAGGCAUGUGUCGAGGAGAACUCUGACCUAACUCAUCCAUCAACAUCUCAGGAUAUCACACAUACAAGAGCUCAACCGCUUAUCACACUGCACAAGGAAACAAUCCCCAAAACGCCCUUUCUCUUCAUUAAGAUGUCAAACACUGGAGGUCGGAGACUGAAGCAGUGGCUGGUGGAGCAGAUCCAGAGUGACCAGUACUCUGGACUGCAGUGGGAGGAUGACAGCCGCACUAUGUUCAGAAUCCCAUGGAAACACGCAGGCAAACAAGACUACAACCAAGAAGUAGACGCAUCCAUUUUCAAGGCCUGGGCUGUGUUUAAAGGCAAGUUUAAGGAGGGGGAGAAGGCUGAGCCUGCCACCUGGAAGACCAGACUCCGCUGUGCCCUGAAUAAAAGCCCUGACUUUGAGGAGGUGACUGAAAGGUCGCAGCUGGACAUCUCUGAGCCCUAUAAAGUCUACCGCAUUGUACCUGAGGAAGAGCAGAAAAACGGCAAAGGCGCAUUGAUGGCCAUGGCAGCCACCACCAGCUCCGGUGAUAUCACUGACAUGGACUGCAGCCCUGCAGAGAUAGAGGAGCUCAUCAAAGAGGAGGAAGGCUGUAGUAUCCAGGCCAGUCCAGAGUAUUGGUCCCAUGGCAGCAUCAAUGCUUUCCCUCCGCAUCAAGACCCUUUGCCAUCAGGCAAUCUCAGCACAGCUUUCUCCCAGAUGAUAAUCAGUUUCUACUACGGAGGAAAGCUGAUGCACAACACACAUGUUGCUCAUCCUGAAGGCUGCCGAAUCGCCCCACAACAGCACCUGGGCCGUGGCGCCCUAUACAAUUCAGACAGCAUGCAGAGUGUUCACUUUCCUCCCGCUGAGCACAUCGAGUACGACCGCCAGCGCCAUGUCACACGCAAGCUCCUGGGACACCUGGAGAGAGGUGUACUGGUCCGUGCCAACCAAGAGGGCAUCUUCAUCAAAAGGCUGUGCCAGAGCCGUGUCUUCUGGAGCGGGUUGGGAGAAGUGGGCUCACAAUAUGGCCCCAUGCCUUGUAAACUUGAGAGGGAUGCUGUAGUCAAGAUUUUUGACACAGGAAAGUUUCUUCAAGCUCUCCAGCUGUACCAGGAGGGUCAGUUUCCGGCUCCUGAUCCGACAGUGACUCUGUGUUUCGGAGAGGAGCUCCAUGACCUCAGCAAUGCCAAGAGCAAGCUGAUCAUUGUGCAGAUCACUGUGGUGAACUGCCAGCAGCUGCUGGAGGCAAUGAACAUGCGUCGCUCCCAGCCUUACUCCAACAGCUCAAACCUGGAGAUGUCUGAUAAUGUGGCCAUUGACCAGAUGGCCCGCAUCUACCAGGACUUGUGCAGCUAUAGCGGCCCCCAGAGGCCGGCCUGCUACAGGGACAACAUGCCCAUCACUGCCUGAGCCGUGAGCAGCAACAAAACACCUGCCAGGAGCUCUUCAGCGAGUACCAGACUGACUGUACAACAUAUUAGGGACAGUCCUUAUUUUCCUGACAUACACUGACAAGGUGAAUUCAGGUAAAAGCCAGUAUCACAAUUAGUUUUGACUUUUUAAAUGGAGCAAAUAUCUUACAGUAAGACUUUUACGCUGGAGCUCAGUAUUAGGAUGUCCCUAAUAUUUUGUAUACCAGUAAUGUUUAUGUGUCUUAUAUGUACAAUGCUAACACAAACUCUGUGUCUAACUUCUGCUUUUUUACAAUAAGAGAGUGUUAUCAUCCAGCUCGAGAGAGAAAGAGGGGUAUAUUAUUUUCAUCUGAAUUGUUGCAAAAGCCUUAAGAACAGAUUUAUUCUUUCUUAACUUUCUUAACAAAUCUUUGUUAUAUAUAUCUGUAAAGACUCUUACUCAGCCUCGUUGCAGUAUGACAAUAGUUUGAUAUAUGCAAUUUAGUUCUCAAAGCUGAAUUUUAUUUUCACAUGCAUCAUCAUUUUUUUUUUACAGCUGAGUUGCUUAGUUAUAAAGAGACCAAAUGGAUAUUUUUUAAGAUAUUUUCUAUUUUUGACAGUAAAUAAAAAAUCUUUAUAUGAGUUGACAAAAAAUUGCAUGACAUUUUAGAUGCAAUGUAGCAAUGUACUACAGAUAGGUUUUACUAUCAUAUUGUUUUUUGUACACUGCAUUUUUUAGUAAAAAUAAGUUUGUGCUGAA